UUGCCUCAGUAAGAAGUCCGACGUUCAUAGCAAACGAAUCAAUAAUCGAGUUAACCAUCUACCAGAAAAACUAAACGAAAUAUCUAACAUGUUUUCGAGAGUGUGUGUUCUGCUUUUGGCCAUUGGCCUGAGCCAGGCUGUGCGCCUGCCCCUGCUGCCCGAGUCGCCGAUGAUUAAGCUUAUGAUGCGUACCAGCGAAGCCAGCCAGAACAAUCCCCAACGUUCCCUUUCCUGCUUCAACGAGUAUCUGCCUCUGUUCAACCAGGCCAAUGAGAACUUCCAGGCCGCCUAUGCUAAGUGCUUGUCCGAUGCUGACGCAUCCCGUGCGGGCAUCGAUGAGAGCACCAAGGAUGAGCGCGCUCAGAUCGACGGAUCGGCAACAUCGGCCUGCAAGGCUCUGGACACUUGCAGCCAGAUCACUGACUCCGUCAAAUAUUUCACUUGCUACUCAGAAUCGGGCGGUGAGAACAGCAAGACCAUGUACGAAAUUUCGGCCGAUGCCGCUGAGUGGUUGGCUAAGGUGCAAGAGGAAUACCGUCUAAUCGAUGUUAACGAAUACGCAUGCACCAACAAAACUCAGCGCGACAAUGUAGAGGAAUCAGCUGCGAUCUAUGCGAACUUUGACAGGUGUCUCCUCGGCUUGGAACCACUGACCACUGCUCCACCCGCUGAAUCCACCUCAGAGCCGAGCACUACCGCUGAAGAUGAAGAUGAAGAUGACGAUGACAAUGACGAUGAAGAUGAAGAUGAAGCUGAAUAUGAAGCUGAAGAUAAAGAUAAAGAUGAAGAUAAAGAUGAAGAUGAAGAUGAAGAUGACGCGUUGCUUAUGGCGCUAUUAUUGGGAACCACAAUGAUUUCAAAGAUUAGAGUGACGCGAUUGGGGGAUCGUCGGCAACUGUUUAAUUGUUUCAUGGGAAAUGUAUUUCCCUCUGCCGGAGCUGUGGCAACAGACGAUAAGACCGAUAAUCAUGUCGGCCGUAUCUCUGGAGUAGCAGAACAACAACACUUGAGCAGCACACCUAUAAAUGCUGAUGUCGCUUGCCACCAUACCUCAAUAACGAAUCCGACGUUCAAACGAAUCAAAUAUCGUGUUAACCAUCUACCAGAAAAACUAAACGAAAUAUCUAACAUGUUUUCGAGAGUGUGUGUUCUGCUUUUGGCCAUUGGCCUGAGCCAGGCUGUGCGCCUGCCCCUGCUGCCCGAGUCGCCGAUGAUUAAGCUUAUGAUGCGUACCAGCGAAGCCAGCCAGAACAAUCCCCAACGUUCCCUUUCCUGCUUCAACGAGUAUCUGCCUCUGUUCAACCAGGCCAAUGAGAACUUCCAGGCCGCCUAUGCUAAGUGCUUGUCCGAUGCUGACGCAUCCCGUGCGAGCAUCGAUGAGAGCACCAAGGAUGAGCGCGCUCAGAUCGACGGAUCGGCAACAUCGGCCUGCAAUGCUCUGGACACUUGCAGCCAGAUCACUGACUCCGUCAAAUAUUUCACUUGCUACUCAGAAUCGGGCGGUGAGAACACCAAGACCAUGUACGAAAUUUCGGCCGAUGCCGCUGAGUGGUUGGCUAAGGUGCAAGAGGAAUACCGUCUAAUCGAUGUCAACGAAUACGCAUGCACCAACAAAACUCAGCGCGACAAUGUAGAGGAAUCAGCUGCCAUCUAUGCGAACUUUGACAGGUGUCUCCUCGGCUUGGAACCACUGACCACUGCUCCACCCGCUGAAUCCACCGCAGCGCCAAGCACUGCUCCACCCGCUGAAUCCACCCCAGCGCCAAGCACUGCUGCUCCCGCUGAAUCCACCCCAGCGCCAAGCACUGCUGCUCCCGCUGAAUCCACCCCAGCGCCAAGCACUGCUGCUCCCGCUGAAUCCACCGCAGCGCCAAGCACUGCUCCACCCGCUGAAUCUACGCCAGCGCCAAGCACUGCAGCUCCCGCUGAGUCCACCCCAGAGCCCAGCACUGCAGCUCCCGCUGAGUCCACCCCAGAGCCCAGCACUGCAGCUCCCGCUGAGUCCACCCCAGAGCCCAGCACCGCAGCUCCCGCUGAGUCCACCCCAGAGCCCAGCACUGCAGCUCCCGCUGAGUCCACCCCAGAGCCCAGCACUGCAGCUCCCGCUGAAUCCACCCCAGAGCCCAGCACUGCUGCUCCCGCUGAAUCCACCCCAGAGCCCAGCACUGCUGCUCCCGCUGAGUCCACCCCAGAGCCCAGCACUGCUGCUCCCGCUGAGUCCACCCAAGAGCCAAACACAUCGACCGAAACCGAACCGACUGAGAACUUGCCCGAAGAGGAUCUGUCCCGUCUGGCCGAGGAGCAGAACAAGAUCAAGCAGAUGUUGGAUGAGUUGAAGAAAUGGUUCAAGCGCUACUAAAGCAUUUAAAACAAGAAAAGUCAAAUGCAAAUUCAGCAUAAAUACUAUUAAUUAUCUAUUAAAUACAAGUAAUAUUUAUGAA